CGCUCGUGACGAUUUGCUGACGCGCCUUCAGCCACACCACCCUGGAGAGAGAAGCUGCGAGGGAGCGAAGGGGCUGGAAACCGGUCACUCUAUCUCUCUUUCUUGAUCGAAUGUGAAGGGAGGCAAGUCCUGCGGUAAAACGAGCGAAAUUCCACCGAUACCAGGAGAGGCAUCCCGGCUCUGUUGUAAAAAUGGAGUUUCCAAGAUUGGGACACAACUUAACCAGCCCGAUGAGUCCGUGUGAGGGCAUGCUAAAGAACCUCAGCUUGGACGCUAUACAGUUAUGCGAGCGAGAGGGUAAUAAAUCCCAGGACAGCAGCAUCGUAGAGAUGGAGGAGCUUCCUGUCCCUCAGAACAUAAAAAUCAGCAACAUCACAUGUGACUCUUUCAAGAUUUGCUGGGACAUGGAGCCCCGUGUCAAGGAGCGCAUCACUCACUACUUCAUUGACCUCAAUAAGAAAGAGAACAAGAACUCCAACAAGUUCAAACACAAGGAUGUUCCCACUAAGCUGGUGGCGAAGGCAGUUCCUCUGCCGAUGACAGUGAGGGGUCACUGGUUCCUCAGCCCGCGUACAGAGUACACUGUGGCCGUCCAGACAGCUUCCAAACAGACUGACGGAGACUACGCUGUGUCAGAGUGGAGCGAGAUCAUAGAGUUCACCACCGCCGAUUAUUCCACGGUGCAUCUAACCCAACUGCUGGAGAAGGCUGAGGUCAUUGCAGGGAGGAUGCUGCGCUUCUCUGUGUUCUACAGGAACCAGAACAAAGAGUACUUUGACCAGGCCAGGGAGGUGCAUGGGAACCGCAUGCUGCCAGCAGUGAAGGACAACAGUGGAAGCCACGGCUCACCUAUCAGCGGAAAGCUGGAGGGCCUCUACUUCAGCUGCAACACAGAGUUCAACACAGGCAAGCCCCCCCAGGAUUCCCCCUACGGCCGCACACGCUUCGAGAUCCAGGCUGAGACCCUGUUCAACCCCAAGACUAAUCUCUACUUCGGGGACUUCUACUGCAUGUACACAGCCUACCACUACGUCAUACUGGUGCUGGCCCCACAGGGCUCGCCCGGCGAUGACUUCUGUAAGGCAAGGCUGCAAGCGCUCGAUAUCACCAACAACCACUUCCUGACGUGCACGGUGGAUGAGGAGGCAGGCGACGGGGCGCUGGUGUUCCGGCACUCCCAGGAUGUGAUCCUGGAGGUGAUCUACACGGAGCCCGUGGACCUGGCGCUGGGCACGGUGGCAGAGAUCAGCGGGCACCAGCUCAUGAGCCUUUCUACUGUCAACGCCAAGAAGGACCCCAGCUGCAAGACCUGCAACAUCAGCGUGGGACGCUAGUGGGAGACUGGACUGGACCUGUGCUACACACAAAUGCAACCCCAACCUUUACACACCUCUAUAUCCACAAAUAACCACCCUCCCAAAAGAAGAACAGUGCAAAAGACGGACCCAGACUGUGAAAGAAAUGUAACAACAGGGUGCGGUGCUAGAAUUCAUAAACCAUUAGCAUACACACACACACACACACACACACUCACACACACACACACACACACACAUAA